GCCCGAGGAAACCCAGCGAGGAUAUCCACAAUUCCACAUGUGCUGCUCAUCCUGUCACUGUCAGACAACCCUACAGCCUUGACGAGGACCCGAGCACAUGCUGCUGCAGGCUGGUCGCCGCUCCAAUAUACUUAGAGCAGAGCAGAGCAGCGCAGCGCGAGUACCUCCCCCUCCUGCUCGGCGAGACAAGGGAGGAGACUGAAGGUACAGGUGGGAGCAGCAGCAUGGAUUGGGGUGCUCCCGCAAUGAUGAACUCUGCAGCCGACUCCUCCUUGCGGGACCUCUGCUGCUACGGAGCUGGAAUCGCAGGGAACGUCUUUGCCUUCGUGCUCUUCAUCUCCCCGCUGCCGACAUUCAAGAGGAUUGUCAGGAACAGGUCGACGGAGCAGUUCUCGGCCAUGCCGUACAUCUACUCGCUGCUCAACUGCCUGAUCUGCAUGUGGUACGGCCUCCCCUUCGUCUCCUACGGCGUCGUCCUCGUUGCCACCGUCAAUUCCAUCGGCGCCGCCUUCCAGCUCGCCUACACCGCCGUGUUCAUCGCCUUCGCAGACGCCAAGCAGAGGUUGAAGGUGUCUGGACUCCUGGCCGGCGUCUUCCUCGUGUUUGGCCUCGUUAUGUUUGUUAGUUUGGCAUUGUUUGAUCACAAAACACGGCAAAUAUUCGUCGGAUAUCUCAGCGUCGCCUCGCUGAUAUUCAUGUUCGCGUCCCCCUUGUCAAUCAUUAAUCUGGUGAUCAGGACGAAGAGUGUGGAGUACAUGCCAUUCUAUCUGUCACUAUCUAUGUUCUUGAUGAGUGUAUCAUUCUUCGCAUACGGAAUGCUACUGCAUGAUUUCUUCAUCUAUGUUCCUAAUGGGAUUGGAACCAUAUUGGGCAUCAUACAGUUGUUGCUAUAUGCCUACUUCAGAAAAGGAUCAAGAGAGGAAGCCAAGCGGCCAUUGCUAGUCACGCAUACAUGAGCAUGCCAAGGAGCAAGGUUCCUUGUCGAACUUGCCCCAAAUUCUUUUGGGCGUGUACAGUCAUCGGUUUAUUGUUUUAUGCCUGAAGCUGCUGGAAACCAGAAGUCCAGAGGAGAAACUCGACCUGCCUUUUGUGAAUGGUGACCUAUUACUUCGACAAAGUCAAUGUCCAGGCUAUCGAAAGACCAAAGACGUCCAAUUGCCGUGGUUCUCCAAAUUGUUUCGUUUCUGUGAAAAGCAUGCUGUUUUUCCUCGUCUUUACACGCAAUGCUGGUCGUAGCUUCGCUGAAUAUUCCAGAUUAGAUGCUGUAAGGUCUUCACGUCAUUUGUUACAUGGAAUUAUUGUGUAUAUUAUGCAUAGCAUUGUUGUGCGGACUCCAUCAAUGGAUGUAGCCUCCUGUACUAUAAAACAAUACGGAGAUUGUAAUAAAAGAAGAUAGGUUUCAUCAUCU